AGCAACGACAAGGGCUAUUCUUUUCCAAUUUCGAAGAUCAGAGAACCAACAAAGGAAUGACAGCCAGUGCAUAUACUUUUCAAUCUACGGGUACCAUAAUCACAAAAGAAGGUAAAAUACCCAGAGAAAGGGGAUAAACGUGGGAUUAUAUUAUCAGGACCUCGAGAUCGGCAUCCCAAGAGCAGGAAGUGGGCUGGAGCCGCAGAAAUUUCUUUCCUGGGUCUAGCUUCGAGAAAGUGUUAAAAAGGCGGAGAUUAGGAAAAUUGGCUCGUGAGCUGGGACAGGCGCAUUUGGGUACUCCGUACAGACUUUUGGUAUCGAUAAGUACGAGGUUUGCAGACUUGUGAGUGAGGUCGGCUUGCUUAUCCGAUCCGGUAAAAUAGUACCCUAGAAUCUCUGGAUGUAUCGGUGGAGGCACUAUAUCGAGAGGAAAUAAGGUCAAUCAUUUCACUACCGAGCGCUUUCCAACAGACCGUCGCUCGCUCUAGCUUACAACUUUGCCAUCAGUUCUGCGGAGGGACCAUCGACGUUCCCCGUUAUUCUUCUCGUGUAAAUCUGUGCGUCGAGUGGAUCGCCUGUCUUCUCCCUACACCCCAAACAAGAAAUAGGCUCUGACCCUUGGAUUACAUUUCGGGAGACCUUGACGAGGCCGAGUAUUUAUUUCGGGAAGUCCUUGCUUUUUUGGGGGGGCACUUUUAAGGUAAGCAUACAUACAUAUCCUCACUGAACGCCAAAAUGAUAUCUCUUGUUGGUGUUAUCUCCUUGUGAUUGUUGAUGAAUUACUUUUUGUCUUUCGCAGCAUGAUUCAACAUGUCGGAUCCGCUAACUCUUCGGCCGAAAGACUCAACAGAGUCCAUAUACAUUUCGGAAUCUUCUACUGACGACGAGGGCUUAGACUUCAAGGGAGAGCCAGAGAAGACUGACGGUGCUUUCCUUACCGGUGUGCGAAGGGGACUUAGGAAGCUAGGAUCUGUUUCUGGUAGCCGUGGUCGACCUUUUAAUAUUCAAACAAGCAAAAGCUCUACUCCAGACCUCCAUCCACGUUCAGGAAGUACCGACCAUUUCCUGCUAUCGCAGAAUGAAAAGAAUUUGAUUGGUGCAGAUCUCGAAAAACCUCUUCCAACCCUGCCCUCGACACCCACAUCUCCGAUCGUUGAAGACACUUCGGGCGACCCUCCUGAUACGCCAAAAGCCCUAGAGGGCAUACCGCAAAGGGCCGCGAAAGGUAAUCGGACGAGCAUAGUGGAUUCUACGAGCGCAUCUCAAAACCAAUCCAGCGGAUACAAGUCGAUCUCCGGUACAUACAAAGUGGAUAUGAGCAGUAGUCAAACUAGUCUCGCUACGUCUAGCAGGCAGGAUGGAGGUGAAGGGGGAGAGGAGAGUCGGGAAAGUGUUGUGACACCAAAGAGCAAUGGAGCUCCAUCGGCCGCGCCAUCACCAGCACAACAACCUCGCUCUUUGGCAGCUAGUGGGACUGGCACUUCUGGAGCAACGCCAUCGACGCAUCUGUCAGGGCUCAUGUGCAACGUACAUCGAACUACUGGAAAGGAACCGCACCCCCUAGUUGGUGCCACAACUACAAUAUUGGGCGAUAAACUUUAUGUAUUUGGCGGUCGUAUUCUAUCGCGGACGCGCCCUUCCUUGACAGCCGACUUGUACGAAUUGGAUCUGAUACAGCGAAAUUGGACGAAAGUUGAGACUAGUGGGGAUGUCCCGCCACCAAGAUACUUUCACAGUGUAUGCGCCCUGGGAGAUACCAAGCUGGUCUGCUAUGGAGGAAUGUCCCCAGCUCCUCCGCAGAGCCAAGCCCAAAUGGCUGCCUCGGCGCAAAGUGGCCAAGAUUCCCAGCCAGAGGUCGUCGUAAUGUCUGACAUAUAUAUAUAUGAUGCGCCAUCAAGAACAUGGACUUUUAUACCCACAAAUGACACCCCGCAGGGAAGGUAUGCGCACUGCGCUACUAUUCUUCCUUCAUCGGCAGCAUUUGCGUCCGCAAAUGCGCCUUCUUCCGCUUUACAUCAUAACCCUCAAGGGCCCAACCCCAAUCAAGGCAUCAUUGGAGUUAAUAUAGAUGGUACUGGCGGUGCUGAGAUGGUUGUUGUCGGUGGUCAAGACAGCGGAAACCACUAUAUUGAGCAAAUUAGCGUCUUUAACCUGCGGAGUCUUAAAUGGACCAGCACCCAGGCGCUUGGUAAGAGCUGUGGGGCGUAUCGUAGUGUUGUGGCGCCUCUCCCGGGUCACGUCUCUGCAAAAUUAGGCAAGGCAACAUCCAAUAAAGCAGAUCAUGGUGGUUCGACUCAGGAUUCAAGAGAACCUGGGUCGUCAAUGCUGAUAUAUUCUAAUUACAACUUUUUGGAUGUCAAGCUAGAGCUACAGGUUAGAGCUUCCGAUGGAACUCUAGCAGAAAAGCCCAUGCACGGGUCAUUCUCACCUCCUGGUCUUCGAUUCCCAAACGGCGGCGUUAUUGAUACCAAUUUCGUGGUCAGUGGGACGUAUCUCACUUCUUCAAAACAGGAGUAUGCAUUAUGGGCUCUUGACUUGCGAACUCUCACAUGGAGCCGCAUCGACGCUGGUGGCAGUGUUUUUAGUCAAGGAAGCUGGAAUCGUGGAGUUUUGUGGAAUCGAAGAAAUACAUUUGUGAUACUUGGUAACCGGAAGCGCAGUCUUGUGGAAGAUUAUAAUCAUAGGCGCAUAAAUUUUGCUAACGUUUGUAUGGUCGAGCUUGAGGCAUUUGGCCUGUACGACAACCCUCGAAAGGCAGCACCGCUGUCAGGGUUUGUCUCGGCUAGUUCGCCCUUCACAACCCCGUCACUAAAUAUCAGUAGCAAAGCAGGAUGGAAUGCAGGUGGGCGCACACUUUCCAAAGCGGCAGAGGAAUUAGGACAAAGUGCGUUGGCUCUUAGAGAGCUAGCUGAUAUGGAUAUCCUUUGCGUUGGUGGUGAGCGUAUACCGGUAAACUCUCGCAUUAUCGCAAGAAGAUGGGGACCCUAUUUUGUUCAAUUACUACGUGAGGGCACGGCAACACAAGACGGUAAUGAUGCCGCUACGCUGCGCCAAGAGAGCGUGUUCCGACAUAAUCAAAGCAGGAAUAGCAGUAUUACUAUUACACCUAGUCUUGGCGCUCAGUCCUCGAGUCUUUCUUCUUCAUCUACAUUAAAUAGCUCUUCCGCAUCGGACCCCGCCUCUUUGGCGCUCCCUCCUGAUUCGGGGGCAUUACCACCUAAUUCUAGACCGCGGACACUUUACCUUCCACAUACACAGCUCACACUUCAAGCUCUACUUCACUUUCUAUACACAUCAUCUCUUCCUCCAAAUAAUUCUACACUCUGCACUCCGCAGAUACUCUGUAGUCUGCUACAACUAGCAAGACCCUACAAAAUUGAUGGUCUACUGGAAGCUGUCGUGGAGAGGUUGCACGCUGUGUUAGAUAGUAGGAAUGCUGCAGCCGUCUUUAAUGCUAGCGCCAUGGCUGCUGGUGGCGGUCGUUCUACUUCAACACCUUCCGACAUUGCAGAUCCCUGGAGCCUUAACAGGCUGUCAAAUGGAGCAGAGACCUUGAUGCAGCUUGGGCUUGAUAACGAAAUAAGCUCUCACAGCCAACAAUCUUUACGAAUCAAUACCAGUGUGGGCGAUCUUGGAACUGGCCAAGGAGGAAGAAGACAAGACGACGAGGAAAGCAUGAGUGCGACAAGCAGUGCGGCGAGUGACGUCAGUGGCAGUGAUUUGGACGGAAGCGUGAGCGCAUCGGAAUCUGGUAAAGUUAAUAGUGUAGGGGGAAUUUGGAGAGGCGAUAUUAGUGCCGUUAUUGGACUACAGAAGAGAGGUCUGCGAGGUCUGAUGGAAGGCAGAAGACUUCGAGAGAGAGGGACGAGUGCAAGUGUAAGCGCAGCAUCGUCGCAAAAAGUAGGAUUGGGGAUCGCAAACGGUUAAUAUGCAAAAUAGCAACAACGCUUUAUGAAGAUUUAUGACAAUAUUUAAUGAUUGCUCGAAUAUUUGGCGUUAUAUAUUACAUUUCGGAUAUUCUUUAGAUCAUUCGCCAUAUCAAGUAUAUUGGUACAUGGGGGAGCCGAGUAUUUUGCUUAGAAUGGAUGCUCACUUCAAUUUCUUGCAUGCUAUAUAUAUUUCAGAACUUUGAGUUUUUGGCAUGAAAUGUUCAAAAUCCACAUGUUACAUGCACUGUGAUGCAGCAG